UGCUGUAGCUGACCACCCAGUCCAUCGCUGCUGCGUCAGGCUGUCCUUCAGUCUCGCGUGUCUCAUCAUGUCCUCAUCAGGGGACAUGGACCUAUCUGUGUGAGACUCGGUUCGGAUCAGCGGGGGUUCUGUCAGACCAGCAGCAGUUCGGACACGGACGGGUUCAGGAUGAUGUCCUCCUUCUUCCACCCCGCUAAGGAGGCCGACAUGGCGGCCACCACAGAACCGCUCUGCCUGGAAAGAGAUGUUUGCAGGGUGAUCGAGCUGCUGGACCGUCUGCAGCGGACCGGGGAGCUGCCUCCUCCCAAACUACAGGCCCUGCAGAGAGUCCUUCAGAGCAAAUUCUGCGCCGCCAUCAGGGAGGUGUACGAACAGCUGUACGACACGCUCGACAUUGUUGGAGGACCAGAGGUGCGAGCUCAGGCAACAGCCAAGGCCACAGUAGCUGCCUUCGCAGCCAGCGAGGGUCACGCCCACCCCAGGGUGGUGGAGCUGCCCAAGACAGAAGAGGGGCUGGGCUUCAACAUCAUGGGAGGGAAGGAGCAGAACUCCCCCAUCUACAUCUCCAGAGUGAUCCCUGGAGGUGUGGCUGACCGCCAAGGAGGGCUAAAGAGAGGAGACCAGCUGCUGUCGGUCAACGGAGUGAGCGUGGAGGCGGAGCAACACGAGAAGGCUGUGGAGCUGCUGAAAGCUGCCCAGGGCUCAGCCAAACUGGUGGUCCGCUACACCCCCAAGGUCCUGGAAGAGAUGGAGGCUCGCUUUGAGAAGAUGAGGAGUGCUCGCAGACGACAGCAGCACAGCAGCUACUCGUGAGACUGCUUGUCUCUAGAGUCCAGGGGUUGACUUAUCCAAUAGCUGUACCCAUCUCAGCACCCGACUCUCCUGACUGUCCCGACUCUCCAGGGACGACAGAGGCAAAGAAAUGAAGAAGAACCAAAGUAGCUGCAGUUAGGGUUCCUCUCCUCCUCCUGUAUCUCCUGUUAUUUAAUGUUCCAGUGCAUCAACCAGUCCCAGUCUGCUGCUCGUCCAUCAUACCUCGCAGCUACAAGCAGAACUGUUAGCCUGACCUGACGGACACAUGGAGAGGUUCUGUAUUUAUGUGUUUGAAUAAUUGUCCAUGAAAUAAAUUUUAACCUUAAAUCUGCCUCAAACUGA